CUCUGCUCACCUCUGUUUGUCCUACUCCUUCCUGGGCAGGAUGCAGCCUUCUUCAGCAUGAAGGAGAGGAGUAGAUUCCUAUGCUCCUGGCAUGCUGUAGCCAAUACUUCUUUGAAGAAAAAGAUGAAGCAAUUUGCCCAAGCCAUUUGGCCCAGCAGCUGCCCCAACAUCUCCGCUGGUUGGAACCCGCCUUCCUCAGGUGGGUUUCCUCCAAGCUUCAUCAUGUCAGAUUCGAAGGCCGCUGCUGAGAACCCCCACGAGAAGGCCAGGACCUCUCCAUACCCUGGGUCCAAAGUGGAGGGAAGCCAGGUCCCGGAUAAGAAGCCAUCAAAAGGAAGGACUGUGGAGAAUGGGCCAUCCCAGGGGAAAUGGUGGGGCCAGGAGAGAAAAUUAGUACCAUACUGAAGAAAGAAUUUGGGGAGGAAGCCAUGAACUCCUUACAGAAAUCUAGAGCAAAGACCCAGGAGCCCGAGAAACAACUGCACAAACUAUUCAAUCAGGAACACUUGGUGUCUAUAAAAGUUACAUGGAUGAUCCCCGCAACACAGAUAACUCGUGGAUGGAGACAGAGGCUGUGAACUACCAUGAUGAUACAGGUGAGAUAACUGACUGUCUUCAUCUGGAAGCUGGUGAUGAGACCCAGAAAGUGAAAUGGGUAGACAUCAAUGAUCAACUCAAACUUUACGCCAGCCAGUCCCAAUUUAUUCAAUUCAUGGGUGAGAAAUGAGGUGCCCAUUGGAGGGAAGGCAUGGACCCCAAUGCCAUGAAUAGUGACUUGGAGUCUCCCAAAAGCCCACGGCCUUCAAAUGGACAUGGGUCUAUAUGAAACAAACAGCCCGGAGCCUGCGCUGAACAGGAGAUGGAGGGAACUUCUUUUGAUGAUUAUUUGCAAAACUGUUCUCCCUAUGAAGGCUUUGUGUGGGAAUAAUAUUUGAAAAAUAAGGUGAUCAGGAUCAAAACCAUUUUGGUUUUUCAGUUGGAAGAGGAAUAUAGUCACUUGUUGUAUACGUUGUAUACUUGGCUGGUAAUCACAUAUGCAACUACUGCUCUUUGAAAGUCAUAGUUGAUAGAAAGAUAACUUCUUACCAACUGUAGCCUUUUUUUUUUCAGCUAGCUUGCAUUUGUCCCUCCCCCACCCCCCAACUGAUAUGUUUGA